AGGUAUUUCUCUUAUCCCCGGGAUAAAAAGAACGCGGGCUCUCUAUUUUCCCGUAAAAAGAUCCAUUUUCUUUCCGGGAUCGCCGGAUUUUCACGGGUUUUCGUGCCGGAAACCGGCUGGCCAGGAUCCGAUCGAGCGCGCGAAAUGUCAAAACAACAGUUUGCCGGUAAAGUUUGGUCAAUCGAUUACCGCGCAGAAUAACUCGCUGUUAACUUCGGUUUGUUCGAUGGUUACUACGUAAGCGACGAGAUUAGUACAAAAGAAAUCAAGAUAAACCAUUCAGCUAGCUUAAGCGUGUUGGUCAAAGAUCUCCUGCUCUCGUCUGUGAGUCGUCGAAUUAAUUCCUGCCGGUGGACACGGGCCCAGGAUUUGCGUGUUUGCGAGUGCAGCGCUGUGAUAAAAUCAACUAAAUCCUUAUCAGUGAAUACUCGUCAAACGAUACCAGCGAUCAGGGAUUCGAUGUGAUUUCGUCCUUGUCCGGAGCAGAAAAGGACACUAAUCCGAUGGGCACGCGGUUGCGAGUAUGAAUCGGCUGAGUAUGGACUCGUUUUUUGGCUUCCCGACAAACGGCGAAGAUGGAGGAAGACAUGAAUUUGGCCUACACAGCAAGUCUGGAAGAAAUGGCGGAACGCCAAUCCGCUUGCGCUACUUCGAUGAUGAGGAAGAGUCCGACGAGACGAACGACGAAAAGUAUGAUGCUCUGAACGAUGAAACAUUCGGUGCGGCUGCUAAAGGUGACUGGGAAUGCUUGCACGAGCAACUGGUCCGUCUCGAGCUUGAUGGCAAGAAGAGAAAAAGCCCCGCCAGCGCUACCGAUGUGGAUGGGAAAAGCAAAAGCAGUGACACGGAUACGUUGUUCGAUGAAUACGAUCUGGAUCUGGAGCUGCGAAGCUUCGAUUGCUACGAAACGAACGAUGAGGCAAGCAGUCGCAGCAGUCCUGGUGUUGCCAGCAUUGGCGAUGAGUUCGCAAGCAAGCUACGGUUGGAUCCAAAAAUUUGGGACGGUACCAUCAAACGGACCGACCCAACACCAUCGAGCGAGCUCUCCACGUUUCAGCCAAGUGGCCCAACCUCGAGUCCGAUCUUCUCCCAAGCCCAUCAAUUGUGCCCUCCGCAAGCCAUCUCAUCUCCACCGGUGACCAUGCUCUCCGUUCAGGAUAUCGAGAGGAGCGUCAUCCAACAACAGCAGCAACAGAAGCAGUUGGUACAGCAGCAGCACCUGCUAGUGCAACAGCAGAAGGUUAUAGCACAGCAACAGCAGCAGCUUCUACACCAAAGACAUCUGCAAGCCACAUCGCCACUGUUCUUGAAACCGAAUGCAUUUCCGACGGGUGGGGCGAUGCCACAGCAGCAAUAUACAGCGAAUCAGCCCCAACUUGGCAUUCCAAUGAUGAUGCCGUCUAUGUAUACACAGAGAAUGAGGACGGCAUUAGCAUCGCCACAGCUUCAGGCGACAAGCCCACAUCCAUUCUACCGUGGCUGUGCACCCGGUCCUAGUUUGUUGCUACCACGUGCUCCGCAGAUGCCUGUUGGAUACAUGCCAUAUAACGGUUUAGCUACACCCUACACAACACCGAUGAGCAGUUUAACGAUGCAUCCAGCCUUCAGCCAUCCAUAUGCAUACUCAUCGGUCGGCGGCCCGUACAGGCCACAACUCCCAGUAGUGCAGAUUCAGCACGCGGCUUCUCCGUUCCUUUGGUCCCCAAACACCUACAACGCCAAUGUCCAGACACUGGCUGUUAGCAGUGCGCUGCGAAAUAAUCAACACAGUCAGCGUCUCAUGCAGGAGAUUCAACAGAACCAACUGUUUGCAUUUAACCGACAGGCGUCUGUUGCUAGUCAAAAUCAGUCAUUGCAGCAGAUCCAGCUUUUAAAUGCAUAUCGUAGCAAGCAGCAAGCAAUGUUGCUACAACAACAGCAGGUGCUGCAACAACAGCAGCAAAGGCAAAGCCUCAGUAGCGACCGAUUGCAAACGGUGGAUCAUGACGAAUACGCUAACAUGAUGAGCAGCAGUGAGAAGCUCUGGCUGGUCGGUUUGCAAUGGGCUCAACUGAACCUAGAAAUACCGUACUACAACGAUUACUACUUUACCAUGCACAGACAACGAUUGGCGACAUUGAAAAGCAGUUCGAUUCCGCAGUUUACCACAUACACGUUAUCGAAAGCGUUUUUGGCGAAGAGUUUAGGCCCUAUGGAUAUUGCUCUGACUGCAUCCGGUAUCGUGGGCGUUAAUCAUAACGGUCGCAAUGGUUUGGAGGGAAAAGAUAUGGAAUGGCUUGAAAAUUCGCUUGGCAAGGUACACUCCGGUAGUUUCACGACGCCCCGGAAGCUCAUCGAGCUGAGUUCGAGUGGUGAAAACGGUCAAUCGACUGGAGUCUAUACAACAGCCGCAACUGUUGAAUCUUCAUUGACACAGCGCAAGGUCCGCAACGUACUUUUGCUGAUCGAAAGCCUCUACACACUGGUACUAAAGAUGGAAGAUUUAGGCAAUCCUCUUGCCAUCGAAGCAGCGCGAUUAUUGCAUGAGAAAAGGGUACGCGGUGAGGAGCUUGCCGCAGCAAUGUCGGUCGAUGUUGACGAACACGCAUUCAGCGGGCUAGCGACCACACUAGUGUCCAGUGUUUCACAGGAUACAAUAACCGCAGUAUUGGGAGUACGGAAAGGAAAAAUCUUGCUACGACGUAUGCUUACCCUGCUUCGGAAUCAUUCCUUCCGGUGGACAAUGUGGACGAUGAUCUUCAAGGCUGUACCACACCUUCGACGAAGUGAUCGUAUUGAUGUGGGCGGUUUCUUCGUUGGACUGUUUGAUGAAUUUGAGUGUCAGCUUCAAGACAGCAAGAUGCUCAAUCUGCUUCGCAUAUCGGAAUCCAUCGACAAUGAAUACGUGCUUCGAUCGGUUCGCGACUGCUAUUUCGUUAUGUCGUCCAUCGUCUGUAUCAUCUUUCAGGUGGAAUUGAUCUACGGUCGCAAUCCGCACAAGAUCCAAUUUAGUGACCAGGAGCAAUGGGUCAUGUUUCUAGAGCAUGUACUGAAGGCCAUUACCGAUGCUGUGCCGCUGGAGUGCAGCAUAAGGGUACGACCGGAUAGCAAUAUCGUGCAUACACUACGCGUGCACUUCGAACGAUUUGGGUCUCGUAUCGAUGGAUCCGAUCUAUUGGAUUUUAUUAGCGCCAAUACAAAUGAGUAUGGUGGAAGCGCUAUUGGCCGAAAUUAG